GGCAAGCAGACCCUUGAGGACCUGGGGGUGGCUCCUCAGGCCUCUUCCCCCCCUCCCCACAGGCUGGGUGGGGGUGGAAAGGGGGUGGGUGCAGCCGUCUGAGGAGCCGGAUGAUUUCCUGCCCUCACCCGGCGCUCACCACAGCUUCCUGCCGCAGGCAGGCAGGCAGGCAGGCAGGCAGGCAGGCAGGCAGGCAGGCAGGCAGGCAGGCAGGCAGGCGCUGAGGAGAGGCAGGCGCGGAGCCAAGGGGCAGGUAGGCCUGGGCGUGGGGUCCACAUGGGCGGCUGGUGCCCCAGGCUCCAGCCAAGGCCCUGGCUUGACCAUCCUGGGAUUAAGCGUCUUUCAGAGCCAGCGCUGACCCCCACACAGUCUAGCGAGGGGAGGGGACCCAGGGAGCCCUCCAGGAGGGCGCGGCUACCCCUCAUCAGGCUCCUAGCCUGGUGCUGCUGGGCCCGGCAUCGCUGCUGGCCCGGCUCCCCCCGCCCCUGCAGCUGCUCUGCCCUGGAGGGCGUUUGGCCAUCAGCCAGGCCUGGUCCCAGCUCUGUUCUGCAGAUGGAGGCGGCUAUCCUGCUGCCCUUGGUGCUGGGCCCCCUGCUGCUGCCUCUCCUGGCUGUGUUGCUGAUGGCACUGUGUGCGCGCUGCCGAGAGCUGCCAGACUCAUAUGACAGUGUAGCGUCGGAUAGUUUGACCCCAAGUAGCAUCAUGAUCAAACGGCCUCCCACGUUCACCCCCUGGCCACCAGCCACGUCUUAUCCACCUGUUACGUCCUACCCACCCCUGAGCCAUCCAGACCUUCUUCCCAUCCCGAGGUCCCCACAGCCCCAAGUGGGCUCCCACCGCACGCCAUCUUCCCGGCAGGACUCAGAUGGCAACAAAAGCGUGGCAAGCUACGAAAACGAGGAGCCAGGCUAUGAGGAUACGGAUGAAGACGAUGAUGAUGAUGAUUAUCACAACCCGGGCUACUUGGAGGUGCUUCCUGAUACAGCCCCAGCCAUUAGCACCGCUGUCCCAGCAGCUCCAGCGCCCAGCAACCCCGGCCUCCGAGAUAGCACCUUAUCCAAGACGUCGGGGGAAGAUUACGUGAACGUUGAGAGUGAGGGGAAUGCAGAUGCGUCUCUGGAUGGGAGCCGGGAGUACGUGAAUGUGUCCCAGGAACUGCAGCCCACAGCCGAGCCUGCCACCUUGAGUUCCCAGGAGGCAGAGGAUGAGGAGGAAGAGGGUGCUCCUGAUUAUGAGAAUGUAGAAGCUCAACUGAAGAAACGUAUGAGGCCAACCUGUCCUGGAACCAGCCUUGCUUGAGAGGCCUGAGCUGGGCAGCGAGCAGUGCCUCUGGGGGGCCCCCUUGGCACCCUGCCCUGGCUCCAGCCUCACAGCCUGAGAACUUUACCCCUAACUUACUGUUACUUUGGGGUCCCGUCUGUGUACCCCCACCACUCUGCACCUUCUGACGCAGCCUGAGAAUGAACUGCCCUGGCCCCAGCCCUACUCUGUGAUAGAAUAAAGGCUGGUGUAGUUUGUA